AGGGUCUUCAUGGCUCACGAUGGAGCACUGUCCACUACUGAACUGUGCUGCCAUUUCUUAUCAUCAGGCUUGACAACAUGUCUAGAACAGCAUUCUCAGCCUUUUGCUUUCUGUGCCUGUUGUCUGUCUGCUCUGCGUGCUACAUCUCCAAUUGUCCCAUUGGUGGGAAAAGGGCAGUACAGGAUUUUCCCCCUCGACAGUGUAUGGCGUGCGGUCCUGGAGAUAAGGGCCGGUGCUUUGGCCCCAGUAUCUGCUGCGGUGAGGGAAUAGGCUGCAUACUGGGGGCUACAGAAGCUCUGCGCUGUUUGGAGGAGGACUACCUUCCCUCACCGUGUGAGGCUGGAGGAAAAGCCUGCGGCCCUGUGGCAGGCCGCUGCGCUGCUCCAGGAGUCUGCUGCGACUCAGACGGCUGUAGCAUCGAUCAGUCAUGUCUGGAUGGGGAAAGUGACAUCAACACCAUUGGUCAAACGGCCAGCAGCAGGGACCUCCUUCUGAAACUUCUUCACUGGACGAAUUAUGCGCAGCCCUACAGGCCCUACCAAUGAGUUUCCAUUCAGGGAUGACAUUGUUGUAGGAGAAGAAGCAAACACCAGCCAUGAAGACCGUGCAAGACCAUAGUCUACCUUUGUACAUAGUUUUUGUAAAGUCAGAAAAUCCUAGAUGCAAAAAUGAUCUGAAAUGAAAAUGCUAUUGUAUUUUGCUGAUUUUGCUCUGUUGUGUCUAUACUUUUCUGCAACUAUUAAAGCCAGAGACUACAGCUGUAUUAGA